GUCUCCUCCCCUUUCCGCCAUCUUGGGAGGAUACCGGCCAGCACAGUUCAUUGUUUACAUUGGUAGUAGAGGAGGUUGUCGCUCUAUUCGAGAAUGCCUGGAAAACACUGCUGUGUAAAAAACUGCUCCAGUGUCUCACACGAUUGUCGUGGAAACCGUAGGAACCAUCUUUUACAUUUUUUUUCGUUUCCCUACAUGGAAAAAGCAUGAGGGAGAGCAUGUCUCCGAUGUGACAAAGAGACGUCGGAUUUCUUGGGUGGCAGCAAUUAGAAGAAAGGACAUUACUUUCGACCGCAUCUCCGAGUCGAUGAGAGUGUGUUCUCUGCAUUUUCAUUCGGGUAAACCAUCAUAUGAGAUGUUGGAGAACCACCCUGACUGGAAACCAUCUUUGCGGUUAGGCCACAGUGAAGUUAGGCAAACAGAUGAAGUGAGAUUUCUGCGACAAGUAAAUCGCAGGACCCAGCACCAGGAGCAGCCGCCAUCCCCGGGACAACAGCAGGAGCAGCCGCCAUCCCCGGCACAGCACCAGGAGCAGCCGCCAUCCCCGGGACAGCACCAGGAGCAGCCAUCAUCCCCGGCACGGCACCAGGAGCAGCCAUCAUCCCCGGCACAGCACCAGGAGCAGCUGCCAUCCCCGGGACAGCACCAGGAGCAGCCAUCAUCCCCGGCACAGCACCAGGAGCAGCCGCCAUCCCCGGCACAGCACCAGGAGCAGCCAUCAUCCCCGGCACAGCACCAGGAGCAGCCGCCAUCCCCGGCACAGCACCAGGAGCAGCCGCCAUCCCCGGCACAGCACCAGGAGCAGCCAUCAUCCCCGGCACAGCACCAGGAGCAGCCGCCAUCCCCGGCACAGCACCAGGAGCAGCCGCCAUCCCCGGGACAGCACCAGGAGCAGCCAUCAUCCCCGGCACAGCACCAGGAGCAGCCGCCAUCCCCGGCACAGCACCAGGAGCAGCCAUCAUCCCCGGCACAGCACCAGGAGCAGCCGCCAUCCCCGGCACAGCACCAGGAGCAGCCGCCAUCCCCGGCACAGCACCAGGAGCAGCCGCCAUCCCCGACACAGGAAUGUGCACUCUGCUCAUCUAGACGGGAUGUUAUCAACAGUCUUUUGGAGGAAAACAGAAAGCUGAAAGAGGAGCUUGAAGAGUACCAGAUGAAUGAGAACUUUCUGAGUGGUGAUGAUAACAGAGUGAAGUACUACACGGGACUUCCGACCUAUCUAAUGUUUCAGACACUUCUGCUCAGUCUCAUGCCUUAUCUGCCUCAAGGUAGUUUGAAGAAGCUCUCACCCUUUCAGCUUGUCCUGAUGACUCUUAUGCGCCUUAGACUAGACCUGCCAAUACAGCACCUCGGCCGUCUGUUUCGGGUGCAUAGGACAACAGCCAGUGAUGCCUUUCACCAUACUCUUAGUGUGAUGUACUCACGGCUGUCUCCAUUGGUGUAUUGACCAGUAUGCCACACCAGUUUGUGGAAUCGUUUGGAAAACAUGUGGCUGCAAUUGUGGACUGUUUUGAGGUUUUUAUUGAAAAACCCUCAAAUGUACUUGCAAGGGCACAGACUUUUUCUCAGU